AUGACAGAAGAAUCAGGAAAUCUGCCCUAUUCUCCACAUAAUUUGAUUCGGUUUGAUGACACCACCAUGCUGAGCGACCCUCAUGAUCUCAAGGAUGAAGAUACAAAUGUGUCAAAGUCAGAAGUUUAUUCCAGAAAUCUUGUGAGCUUGUCGCCCACCCUCAGACCUUACUUAAGUAAGGGAAAUUUAAUGGAAUCAAAUGAAACCAUGGUUUUCUACGAUACAUCAAAUAUGCGGGCAGAGAAUGAAUUAUCUGAUAAAAGUGUCAUCGAAACAAAGACUUCAACAAACUCCAAAAUCUCUCUCUCUGAGACAGACUUGCUCUUGUGUAAAGGAUCCGUGCUAAGCCAUGACAAUUUAAGUGUGCCAAAACCGAGUUUUGGUCUGGGAAAUGAAUUCCAGACUCCAACUGUGCCCAGUGUUGGUCGCGGAGACUUGAUCAAGUUGAAUGAAACCAUGACGCUGGCAAAUGUAACAUUUGAGGCAUUAAAACAUGAAACCAGCUUUGGAAAUUAUCUCUCGGCUUCCAUCUUGUCGGAUUCCAAGAUGUCCCUGAAUGUCCAAGAUGACGUGCAAUUAAAUGGAACUAUGACGGUAUUUGAUCAUAAUGCAACAUUUGAAAAGUCAAAGCAUGAAGACUUUCUUGGUCAUGAUGGCAAAGCGACUGCCUCGAUGAGUUGCAAGUUGGCUCUAUCCACAAUCACAGAGCUUCAAGUGGCUGAAAUCGUGGCAGGGAAUGACUGUAAAGAUGCUACCUUUGAUACAUCAAAGCAAGACUAUAAUUUGGGAAAUGAACCCAACAAUGCCAUUUGCUUGUUGCCUCCAUCUAUUGGAAAUAAAGUGGAAUUAAAUAGUACCAUAAGUCUGGAACAUAAAAAUGCAACGUUUGAUACUUCAAAGCAUGAGAGUAAUUUGAGUAAUGACUGCAGCAAGACCACUCCCUUGUUGUCUCCAUCACCAGGUGAAAAAGUGCAAUUAAAUGAAACCAUGAUUGUGCACCAAAAAAAAGUGACGCUUGAUGUAUGGCAGCUUGAGAGCUGCGUUGGAGGUAAUGUCAGUGACAUCACUGCCUCGUCACACUGCAGGCUUACAAGUCAAGUGGUGCAGUUAAAUGGAAGCAUGACUGCGACCAAUUCUGAGGUUGAGAGAUUUGAGUCAUCAAAAGAUGGCAGCGGCUUGGAAGUGAAACUAACGGGCAAAACUACCAACUUGUCCAGUUGCACGCCGCCGCUAUCUUCAAGAGAGUUGGAUGGUCUCGUACCACUGAGCAAAUGUGAGGGUAGCACUUUAAUUUCUGCAGCAGAGCUGCGGGGAAUCCAGUCUAACAGUGACAGUAGUACCUCAAACAAUACAAAUACUGCGGGGAAUUUGGGAAAAGAUGAUGCAGCGUGUCCUGUAAAAUGUGAAGGCAACCAGGACAAUGCUGGGAACAUCAACAGUUCCAGAGGACCUCCAGACCUGGUCAAAAAUCCACAUUUGGGAAAUUCCAUGCACAAUGAGGAACUUGAUGCAGUGAAUUCAGAAUGGGCUCCAGGCUGCAUGUCGACCCCAAAUAUUGCAGUGAAGUAUAGUUUUAUUGAAAAUCCUCCAUUUGACUCCUCCUUCCAGACCUCGUCCUCCACCCUUCAGAAUGACACCCAUGUUGCAGUUGGUGAUUGUUCAGAUAAAAAAGCUCCCAAGGGUGACUCGAGUUCAGGAUCUAACGAGAACAAACCUAAGUCUUCCAGUAGCAAAAGUAGCAAAGCCAUAAAUGCACCACUACUUGAUAAUCAGUUGCGAGAAUCCAAAGCAGUAACUGCAGGUUCCUCCAAACCUGUUUCCAACCUUCCUAUAACCAGAAGGAAAAAUGGCAACCCAGGAGCGACGUCUGUGGAAUAUAAAUAUAGUGGUGAAAAGAAGUCGAUACCUUUAUCUACUAGAACCUCUAGACCAAGUUGUUCUUCGAUGGGUAGAGGAGGAAGGCCUCCGAUACAACCACCUAACCUUUCGAAGAAGUCCCUUCCAAAGCCUCGUCUAGUCCCAGGAAGGCCAAGUAGUGUUGUUGGGACAGGGCAAAGUUCACCCAGUAACCAACUUCCAUCAUGCCAGACUACAGUCAACACCAAAAUACCUGUGAAAACAGAGCAUAAAGUUAUCAGCAAGAUACCUGGAUUUAAGAACAAAUCUCACCAUGCAACUUCAGAGGAACCUACCCAGGACCAAAAAUCUGAAUUUGAACUUGCUCAACUCUCGGUUCGUGCUGUAAAUGUAGAGGAGGGUAAACUAAAGUGCUUGGGCUAA